ACCAGCACCCAGGUUGUACUUUGUGAAUGUAAUCGUCUACCUACAACUGACUCAAACUCCAUUGACCGAAAUACCGAGGUCUUUCAUUAGCUCAGAAGCGAAUUUCGGGCAUGAGCGUCGGGCGUCUUUGAUGAAUUUCAUUCCCAACCUCCAUAUGGUAUGGAAUUCAAACAAACAAUCAAACUUCCUUCCUUCAUCCAAAUCUAUUCUUUUUUACCUUGACUGUAUAAUAAUUCUGCAAACAUCGGCCUUUUUGGAGGUAUAAUCAAUCAUCAAUCAUCAAUCUGUUCAUUCUAAUUUCACUUCCAAAUCCGCUUUCAAUCAAAACACACCGAACAAAUACUUCUAGCCAAUCCAAUUCAAACAGCCCCCCCGCAAAAUUCUACUAUCACAGGCUAAGCUAAGCCUUCUUUAUUUAUCGGCCAUCACGAGCUUGGAUCCUAUUAGAAAUCAUUUAAUCUCAUCCAUCAAAUCCGUCAACUUUGCGACCCAAACUCAUCCCUUUCACUGGCAUAAGACCUUCACUGUUUGUGUAGGUACAUCGGCGCAGUCUGGACGACAUUGUUUGUGUCGAAUAAUUUAUCAUGGCCUCACCGCCGAAACCUUGGGAACGAGGUGGCGCUGCAGUUAGCACUGCGCUUCCAAGCCCUGCCAUGACCUCAACUACUGCUGCUACCUCGGGAAGUUCUGCUGGACCAUCAGUCUUAUCAUCUACAUCUGCUAGUACCUCGGGCGCACCAGCCAUACCCGAACGACCAUCUACUCUCACGAACACCGUUAAUCAAAACGCAUCCGCAUACUCACCAUACGGCGCAAAUAGGAUGGGAGCAGUAGGAGCUUCGCCAUAUGGUAUGGGAGGUAUGGGGUCUUACUCAUCACCCUAUUCAAGAAUGGGAGGAAUGGGGGGCAUGGGAGGUUAUGGUUAUGGUGGUAUGGGAGGCUAUGGAUCUAUGUAUGGUGGAGGCAUGGGCGGGAUGUAUGGAAAUAUGGGAGGCAUGGGACCAAAUGAUCCCAAUAGCUUAACGCAAGGUUUCACGCAGAGCACACAAGCUACUUUCCAAAUAAUUGAAAGUGUAGUUGGUGCAUUUGGAGGAUUUGCUCAGAUGCUUGAGAGCACAUACAUGGCUACACACUCUAGUUUUUUUGCGAUGGUAUCUGUUGCUGAGCAGCUCGGAAACUUGCGCAAUAGUCUGGGUUCCAUCCUAGGAAUAUUUACCAUGAUGCGCUGGAUACGCACUCUCUUUGCAAAGAUCACAGGUCGACCCAUGCCUGUAGAUGCCACCUCCUUAACACCUUCCGCAUUCGCCUCUUUCGAAGGCCGCAAAAUACUGCCAGACGGUAGUUCUCCACCUCGUCCAUCCAAGAAGCCCUUCCUUUUUUUCAUAGCAGCUGCAUUUGGUCUCCCAUACCUCAUGGGUAAGAUGAUCAAAGCGCUCGCUGCCUCCCAAGAAGAGGAGCAAAAACGGCUACUUGCAUCAGGUCAACUGAUGGGCCCUGAUGGCCAGCCUGUCCCCGCACCACUCGACCCUUCGAAACUCGAUUUCUGCCGCGUCUUAUACGACUUUACCCCCGAAUCCGGUGCAGCAGUCCAAGGUGUAGAUCUGGAAGUCAAGAAAGGAGAUUUAGUGGCAGUGAUUAGCAAGAGUGAUCCCAUGGGCAAUCCAUCAGAAUGGUGGCGAUGUCGUGCCCGCGAUGGUCGCAUGGGAUACCUUCCUGGUGUAUACUUGGAAGUAGCAAGGCGACCCGGUCAACCUAUCGCCGAAAUCAAGAGUGCAAGUCAAAGUGGGAGUCGAACUAGUACUAUGACUAGUUCAAGUAUCGCCAAUGCCAAUCAAGUAAAGGUACUGGCGGCCCCUCCUGCCGUGGCCGGAAAGGCAGGGGAUAUCGGAGUGGAAAGUUUCCAAAAGAGUCAGUUCUAUUCGUAGACUGCGAAUAUAUUUAAUACACAGUAGCACAGUUUCUAUGUACUGUUAUAUCUAGGGCUGGAUGGCGUUUCGCGGGCAUCAUUUCUUUCCCACCUGUCUUUUAAAAAUGCGAUAUCUCAGGGCUUUAAUAGGGCUCGAGUGGGGUUUAAUGAUUUGCUACUUGUAACAAGCUGGCUAAAAAGAUUCGUUUGGUUAUGAUUGACGAUACGAUACAAUACUUUUUUUUUCACGGCCUGUGUAGAUAGUUGUUGGCAUCAGGAGGCGUUUUUAAAAACUUUCUUUUCUUUCAAUCAUUGAAUAAGAUGACGCGUUUAUUUAUCAAGCAUAUUUUCAAAUAUGUAUAUACUUCACUAAAUACAUUUACCCAAUUUGACAUUUCUGCA